UCGGCGCCAGUCUGCCUGGGCGGGCAGUCGCCGGCCGGCCCAGUCAUCGCACGUGGCCCUCUCCAGUACGUAUCACACGGGUGCCCUGGCUACAACCUACGAUCGCGACAGUUCCUAGCCUGUUCGGAUCUCCCCACGUACUCGGCCACGUUAUGAACUGAAUCCAGCAGGCUUCGCGAGGCGUGGGUGGUGUGUUGGAACAGCCGGUCACAAUGGAGCGGUUCUGCCUCAUAAUUGUCAUGUUGUGCCUGUUGGCGGCACCAGACGCUUCGGCGUCUGUGCUGAAGGACUACCGCUCUCUCUCGAAGAAUUUCACGUCGUUGCUGGACACUUUGUUGGACAAGAGCAAGUACGACAGAAGGAUUCGCCCUGAUUACGGAGGCGCUCCUCUGAUUGUCACUGUGAAUAUGGUCAUAAAAAGCAUGGGCGAAGUGUCUGAGGCAGGAGAGCACUACACGAUGGACUGCUACUUCCGCCAGGUGUGGCGCGAUCGCCGGCUAACGUUCACACUACCUGGCCUGGAGGAGUUCUCGCUGCCCUGGCUGUUCCUGGACCGCGUCUGGAAGCCCGACACCUUCUUCAUGAACGGCAAACGCUCGCACCUGCACCGAAUCACCGUCCCCAACAAGUUCUUGCGCCUGCGCGAGGACGGCGUCCUCACCUAUUCCAUGAGAUUAACAAUCAAAGCAAGCUGCCCGAUGCACUUCAGAAAAUUCCCAUUGGACGCGCAGAAGUGCCCUUUGCUCAUAGGAAGCUACGGCUACGGCGAGAGCGACAUGGUGUACCGCUGGCCGGACACGGCGCGCGUCGUCACCGGCGACGUGGAGCUGGCCCAGUACGACCUCACCAACAUCUCCACACAGCACGGGCUGCGCGUCAUGCUGGGACAAGUGAGACACUCGAUGAUAAAGGCGGUGUUCCACAUGAAGAGGCACACGGGCUACUUCAUCCUGCAGGUGUACGUCCCCUGCGGACUCAUCGUCUCCUGCUCCUGGGUCAGCUUCUGGAUAGACCCGUCCGCCGUCCCAGCACGCAUACAGCUAGGCGUGACGUCAGUGCUGUCGCUGACGACGAUGGGCAUGGGAGCGCGCGCCCAGAUGCCACCCGUGUCGUACGCGACUGCGCUGGACUGGUACAUCAUCCUCUGCUUCCUCACCGUCUUCUCCGUGGUCGGCGAGUUUGCGCUGAUACACUACCGCGAGAGGGUCGCCACCAGCAUCCGGAAGGCGCUGCAGGAGCGUGCCGAUAAGGAGGAAGACAAACUUCUCGACAAGAUCGCGCCAACAGUCUCGGCCGCACCGCAGAUUCAGGUGGAGACGCCGGAAGGGACGGAGCCGCCUCAAGUGCUGGUGAAGGGGAAGCCGGCGCAAGGACCAGAUGUCGACUUCAAAGUUGCUAAGGCAGAAACAAAGCCAAAACUGGCUGCUGAGUCGGUACUGGAUGAACUACCCGAGGUACCCUUGGCAGCCCCUGCCGAAGAAACGGCGCUGGUGACACACAUCACAGAGCAGGUGCAACUCUGGCGACCUGCAGGGCGGAACUCACGGCUUCCUGGUGACAUAGUUGAGGGCAAGCUAUGCAUACAGGUGGCACCUACCUCCAAGAAGGAUGCAGAUGCCCUCGGCAGUGCUCAAGUACCGACUACGCAGGAUGAAACAAUGUUUAAAGACGUCACGACGUCACUUGGUAAAACACCUUCAGAGCGGAGCAAUUUUGAUAUCAAAGAUUUGCUCAAGAACAAACACCACUAUGACACCGUUGAUGAGCCUGUAGAUGCUCGGCCAGCGACGUCUGCUGGCGUACGACGUCCGUACGCUGCAGUGCGGAAGCUCGGCUGUACGACAGCACCGUACGGGAGCGUGGCCGAUAUCGCUGACCCAAGGCUAGACUUUGCUGAGAAACCAAAGCCAGCAAGUGGUGCCUCCACGGGGACUGAAGAAGGGGUUCCGUCAUACUCGCCACCGCCUCUUCCCUUUGGGCCAAACGUCAGGACAGAAAGGGCAGCAUCCGAACGUUCUACGGAAAAUGCAAAAAGCAAGCCGACAAUGUUACCCAUCUGGAAACCAACUUACUUGGAGUCUAAAGGUGAGAAACAGCUUACAGCAGCGAGUUCCACUGCAGACAUUGGUAAAGCAACACCUUCACCUACAGCAGCUUCAAAGCCUCCUCCUUGGAAAUCUGAGAAACCUCCGAUAGCCUCUAGCAUAAUUGCAGAUACAAGGAAAACAACGUCGCCUGUCACAAAGCCUUUAUUAGAACCGAAGAUUAAAACACGUGUCCCAGCUGCAGUACUUCCGACGGAUUCCUCGAAGAUUGCAGAGAGGGUGGACGCUGGCGAUGACGUGCUUCAGCAGGAAGUUGGAGGAUCCGUCUCUAGUCCAGCAGGUUCGAUGGCCAAAUCCUACAACGAGAAGUUGACCCAGAGUGUCCGAGAGGCCAUCGCGGGAGGACGAGAGGAGGACACGGACGUGGAGGCUGGCCUGGUGGAGGAGGAGUCUCCAGUUAGCGACGGGCUGCGGUACCGACGGCGGCGCGAGGUGCUGCUGACGGGAGACGACGACGACGAGUUGGAGUGGCAGGACGAGCUGGAGGCCAUGGGCUGGGGGCAGGCCGGGUGGCUGGCCGAGGUGGGCGGCCGCCUCUGCGACCUCUGCGAGCGGCUGGUCGACGCCGUCGUCUGCGGCGCCAAGCGCUGUCGCCUGCUGCCCAACGAGCAGGACGUGGCGCGCGAGAUGCGCCAGGGCAAGGAGAAGUUCUCGCGCAUCGACACCGCCGCCCGCACAGUCUGCCCUUUCUCCUUCCUCUUCCUGGUCUUCCUCUACUACACCCUCUACACAUACUACAUCACGGACGAAUUCCCCGUUAAGACGCACCGCAUCUCUGCAAGCAUCCCGAGUAGCAGAGCACGAGCAUAACCGCUGUUAUAUCUUCGAGCUACCGACAGAGUAGAAGAUUUCACUUUAGCGCAGACUCUUUCGACGACUGACAGUCAUCUGGGUGCAAUGAGCAGUGCUCUUACGUGUGCUCUCAGCAUGGGACCCAAUAAAACUUCGAGACUAUAACCCUGUUCGUUCUGUUCCACUUGACAGUCAUGGUAUUAAAUUGUGAUUGUACCUAAGGAUAAGACUUUAUCGGUACUACAGCCAAGCAUAAUGAUCGAGAGCAGAAGUCGAGCAUAAGCAACAAGUAAUGUAAUUUUACUAAACUUAAGUAUGUCAUUACCAGUCAACCUUUCCGAAUGCGGACGUAUGAUAAUUUCAAGUAUAGAAAAUGGAGAAAAGGACAACAAUCGAUCGCGAAAUCCGUCAGUCUGUUACAACAGAUCUAGGUUUCAGCUAUUACGUGGUUCUAUUCAGUGGGAAAAAUUACAAAACACGAGAAUUAGGAACAAAUCUUAACUGCAAACAUAAGCACCACGCAGUUACACACCAUGUAUCAAUAGGUGACAUUAGUCCAUGGUGUCACGUAGUAAACAGUAUUGGUUGAUGUAGAAUAUACAGGAGUCC